AUGCCGCCCCGACCUCCCGCGCGCCGCAGCAGACGCAGCGCUGUGCCCAAUCGCGACCUUCUCGAAUGCAAGAGAGAACUCGUUGAUCUCCGUCAGGUCUGGGAAGAGAUGUACUGCCUCGAAGCACUGUAUCCGUUCGGCCACAAGGUCCUCGACUUUAUCGAGGAAGCAAUUGAGGCUGGCGGGCACAACCUGCGCUUGCCAUACGAGCAAGAUACGCUGCGCACGCUGUUCUCGGUUCCUCCUAUGCCCGGGCACAUCUUUGCCAAGCUCUUGGGCAACCCGGACAGCGUCGUCUUUUUCGAUUCGAACAGCCUUAAACGGGACAAACGCCUGGAUCUUUCUUCGUUCUGGCAGUCGUUUUCCUGCCGCUUUGACCAGCGAUACAAGCCUCUCAUGGCCAGCCAGACUCGUCUGUUUCAGCAUGCAAAGGGUCUCGUCGAGUGCGGACCUGUCGAGCCUUCGACAAGUCUGUUUCCUGCAUUCACCCUCUCGUCCGCCGCUGUUUUUCAGAAGCAGGAGGUGUCGAUGUGCAGCGAGGGGGUUUUCCUGCCCCCGCAUAUGCCGCACAGCAGCAUCGGCACGCUGCAUACACUGGUGGAAUUCGAGCAGCCCUUCGUCGCCUGGCCCCCCACCCCAAACAACCUGAGGCUCAUGGAGCGCUGGCACCUGAAGUCGUUGGGCAGCUGGGAUGAAGCUCUGGAAUUGGCGCGCCAGCUCGAGCAACCCUCGUUCAACUAUUUGCGCGACGGCGGCACGAUCUACCUCGGCGCAGGCUACAUCUGGAUGACUCUCUCGCGCUUUACGGUCGGGGUCUAUCGAAUCAAGGUGGCAAACCCAGCCAUCGCGGAGUGGGACAGCAACCUCCGCGCUUACAAGUCCACCUUUGAUGCCGUCAUCAACCGCUUUCCCGGCGAGAGUCUCGGGCACCUUGCUGCUGCAGUCGAGCGAUUGCAGAUCGAGCACAAUCUGUGGAAGAGAGUUCUUGGCGGACUCCCGCAACAGAGGACGGCCGACACAGUCUCCAGGGCUGAGGUGAAAGAUUUUAUUGACCGGCAGGUUGAUGACCUCAAUCUCUUGAAGAGCCUACACGACGCGCUGCAAGCUGGUCGAGACGACGACGUGGGACCACUGCUGCUUGGUUACGGGCUCAAAGAGGAGGAAACGCCAGAGCCGAGUGCGCCUAUGUUUGAUGAUGACGAAGACAGUGUGUACGCUUAG